AUGCCGGUAGAAAGGGAGAGUAUCGUGAUUACCAUGAAGAAGGUCGUGACUUCACUGAAGCAAGCUCAUUUCAGGCGGCUAAUGCGAUCUUUACUGGCAUUCGUUAAGACUGCAGCAGCCGUCAUCGGUGGGAUAUUGGGAAGCAAAGCGGCGAAAGCAUCGCAAGUCGACGAUUCUUUGCCCACGAGCGAGGCUAGACUUACCCAGCACACCGACUCCCACGGAUGCCUCCAACAAGACAACAAAACCAUAAUCAAUACGUCAGGGAUAGCCGCCUGCCGUCACCAGAUGGAGUCAGCCUAG